AUGACCAACAACGCUGCGCCAAACACAGAAAUAGACGCAGACGAGGACUCGGAUCUAUAUGAGACAGAUAUGAGCGAAGCUUCUUCUAUAUCGUCAUAUGACAGCGAAGAAGAAGAUGACGAAGAUGAAGCCUCAGAGCGUCAUACAUAUCUGAAGAAACAGACGCACCCUGUAUUCGAUCAUCGCGGCGCGCCACACCCAUUAGACUCGGAGCAAGUUCGUGCAAAUGAACUUCUCGACGACGUUACAUUCGAGGCCUCGUUUUCCAAAGACAUUCCUUAUGAUGAUGGUUCCGAUAUCGACUCUGCAACUGAAUCUGACCUAGAUUCUGAACUUGAGCCUGACUUUGAGAUUGACGUUGAAGGGGAGGAUGUGGACGUCGAUUCCGAUUACGGCUCUGAGUCUGAUGAUAACGAAGAUUAUGUUUCUUACUCUGGCUCCGACAUUGGUUCUGACUUGGAAGAUGAAUCCGACCCAGAGAACGAAUCCGACUCAGAUUCGUCCGCCGAUAUGAGCGAGCAAACAUGGUUAGAGGGCGAAGACGAGGAAGGAAAUGCGAGUAGCUAG